AUGUCGCACACUUCUCGAAAUACUGCUCAGGAGCGCAAGGCUACCUACAAGACGCCUCCGGCGACAGUGAGGAACGCAUCCACCUCGCAAGAAGCCCGACGUCAGAAGGCUCUGGAAGAGCAGAAGCGUCGGCGCGCCGAGCGAUUCGACUCCUCGCGGCAGCUCGACUUCUUUGCGGACUUGACGCUUGGGCGGUCGGAUGACGACGACGAGGGCACCGAGCCCGCGGAGCCCGUGCGUGAAGGUGUGGCUCAAUUUGCGACGCUCCUGCCUCCGGCAGCUGCGGGCCCGUCCCAGCCCCCGACUACCGCAGACGGCACACCCAGGCCCAUGCAAGACGAUGCGCUCCCGGCGGCGUUUGGCACCACGAAGAAGAAGGGCAAGCACAAUAAGAAGAGGCGUGGCGGCGCAUCGAAGGGGCAGCCGACGAAGCCGAAUAGCAAGUGGGCGGACAAGUGUAUGUACGCGGAGCUGCUCGAGAUAACGGAGGACACGGAGAUGAGCGAGUGGAGCACGAGUCAGAGGGCAGAUGGCAUACCGCAGGACAUCCAGUCUGGAUGGGUCGCAAUGACCCCCGUGCCAGCUGGCAAGCGGUGUUUGGCCAUCACGCAUGCACCUUCUGGGAUUGCGGGACUGGUUUCGAACACAACCUUGCGCUCACGGCUCUUGGGCAAAUGUCUCAUGAAGCCGUUUCCCUCAAGUCUACCUUCGCACACUGUGCUGGACUGCAUUCUGGACGAGGAUUGGCGCGACAACGGUAUUCUUCAUAUAUUGGAUGUGGUCAAAUGGAAGGGUCAGGAUAUUGCAGACUGCGAGACACCCUUCCGAUUUUGGUGGCGAGAUACCCGCCUCUCUGAACUGGCGUCGUUGCCUCCGCCUUCAAUCAAACCUGAACCGUCAGCCAGUCAAUAUCACUUCGCAUACCCCACAACCCUGCUCCCUAUACCCUACCACACGAACCUAUCCCUAGACCAUCUGCUCAAUAGUCUAAUUCCAACGACAAGGGUGGCACGUACAAUCUCGAUAUCCGUGCCCAACUACACUUCGAUGUCUCAAGAAUUGAGCGGCAUGGACAUCGACGCUUCGGCAACCGUCGAGCUCAAAACUGAGGAUAUGGUCGUGAAGUCAGAUGGGAUACUUCUCUAUGUCGCACAGGCUACAUAUGAGCCUGGGACGAGCCCUUUGAGUCUGUGGGUGCCGGUACGAGCGUACAUACAGGACGAGGUCACCGGGCAUCCUCAGAGUAUCGACACGGCGGAGGGCCCUCUAGAUGUGUUUGAGCGGUACGUCCCCUUGAGUGGCAUAUUUUCAGGUACAUGACUGACGGAGACCCUUAGGUUGAUACGAAGGCGGCUCGUGCAGGGAUACUGUGCCGCCGAUGCCAUGGAGCCUUAGUAUCCUACGUAUUCAUUGUCAUACCUUUCCAUCAGGCUUAUGUAGGAUGAUCUCAUUCUUGGUUAGUGGGCACGAGCAUACUGAUACUGUUCAUGCUCGAACCCCGGCGCGCGAACCCGGGCAGUCGUUGGCCUUAAAGGUGACAUGGACCGGUAUGGAAGACUAAAAUUCCACUCUGCUGAACUCAAACAGAGCCCGAGGUGGUGGUUUCCGAGUGUCGACAUGGGCGAGGGAAAUCUGUGGAGCCAUG